AUGGUCGAAGUAAAAUUAUGCGUUGGAAAGUUAGAUGGAACAACGGAAUACCGUCGUAUAGGCAUUCCUGUUCUAACGCGUUCCACUGAUGUUUUAUCUGUUCUACGUGCUAAACUUUCUCAAUUGUUUCCUGAGUUAACCGCGGACUCGAACGGUACUGACGUUGAGUUUCAAUAUGAAGAUGACGUUCAUGGCCUUGUAUUAGUAACAUCAUCGAGCGGAAUCAAUGAAGCGGCGCGUGAUCAAGCCUCACGUCAGCAAGUUCUUCGUGUCUUCGUUAAAUUUCUAAAAGAAGAUGGUGCUCUACUGAAGUAUCUUCCACCCAAACAUGUUGGUGUUAUUUGUGAUGGUUGUAAUCGUUCACCGAUUAUUGGUGUUCGUUAUAAAUGUCUCGAAUGUUUUGACUAUGAUCUCUGUGAAUCGUGUGCCGAUCGACAAUUAGUUCAUGCUCAUCAUGUUAUGGCAAAGAUUCGUACACCACAUCAAACUGAUGUUGUUCAAAAGCUUUGCACAAUGGCUCGAGCAAAUACUUCCUCAUAUAAUAAACAACGACAAGUACCAAUGCCUGAAUUAGUUAUCAAUCAGCCAUUAGAUAUUGAUAAAGAGAAAUGCUAUAAUUCUAAUGCAACACAGACAAGUAUUGAUGAAGAUAAUGAACAAAUCGAAGAUGAUAUUGAAAUUAUUCCAAACAGUGCUCUACAAGAUGAUUUUGUUCAGUUAGAUUUACAAGAAUACAAUGAACAAUCAAAUAUCCAAAUCAUAUGUUUACACAAUAAGUUGUACAAACAGAGAAACAACGAACUGUGGCAUCUGCUAAGUGCGCAGUAUCUGUGCGAAGUUAGUGAAUGGAAGAAAUCAGAUGUCGGACAGAAUGAUUCAAUGCGGCCUGAUUUAACAUCCAACAUUCAUCAGUUGUUCAAUCAACUCAAUGUGGAUUAUUUUAGUGAGCAACUUUCAUCUACUUGUAUUCAGUGGGAUCAGCGAACAAACGGCUGCGGAGCAGUUUGUCUCUAUCAAUCAGAAGAAAACUCUUGUCGAAUUACACUCAGUGAACCUUUGUUAAGAUCACGACCACGAACAGAUCUGAUUGAAACUCUACUUCACGAAAUGAUCCAUGUUUACUUGUACAUUACAAAACAAAUACGAGAUCGUCGUAUUCACAAUGAAGAUUUUCUCUAUCACAUGUUACGAAUCAAUGAUCUGAGUGGCAUGAAUAUCAAAGUUUAUCAUAAAUUUGUAGAUGAACUUUGCGGACACUAUUGGUGGCAAUGCAAUGGUAUAUGUAAAAACUGGAGGCCAUUCUACGGUUAUUUUAGACGACCAGUAUAUCGACAACCAUCGUACCGUGACUACUGGUUUAGUGAACACAAACGUUGUUGCAACGGACAAUUGAUGAGCGUUAAAGUAGUUGCAAACGAAGGGAAAUUGCAGACCAUUACUCCUCCAGUAUACAAAUACAAAUUAUCCACCAAGACACGUGAUGAACUCGCCGACAUCCAGUAUACUGCAGACGAGAGUGAAAGUGAAUCAUCGGCAUCGGACGAAUAUCAGUUUUGUCAAGAAGAAGUUCGACGAGAGAAUUUCACAGAUUCAUUGGAAUAUUAA